GGUGGAGAAGCAGGUGGAGACUGAAAGGGUCGGGAGAGCUGCAGAGCAGGGAGAUGGAAGUGGCUCUUUCUGAUCGCCAGGGCUUUAUCUCCCGGCUUGAGGAGUGAAGCACCUUGCUUUGUUCCUGGAGGUCGGCCGUACCGCCGCAGCUGCCGCCCCUCUGCUCCUGCUCCCGACCCCGGGUCGUCGGCGAGUUUUUCUUCUGGAACUUCGCCGUGCAGCUGUUGGGGAAAGUGGCUGUCGUGCCCCGAGCGUGAGUUAGCGCAAGGUAAUUCUGUAAUGGACCAAUGAAUGCCAAUGAUGACAAGUUGUGGUCAACAGUCCUUGAAUGUGCUGAUGGUCCUGCUUUCGUUACUCUUGUCAGCAGUGUUGUCCGCACACUUUCGAGUCUGCGAGCCAUAUACAGACUACAAAGGUCGCUACCACUUUGGUUUUCAUUGCCCUCGUCUUUCUGACAAUAAAUCUUACAUCUUUUGCUGUCACCAUAACAACACAGUGUUUAAAUACUGCUGCAAUGAGACAGAAUUUCAGACUGUUAUGCAGAUGAACUUAACAGGGAACACAGAUGGAUAUAUGCAUAACAACUACAGUGCACUAUUAGGAGUGUGGAUCUAUGGCUUUUUUGUGGUGAUCUUGCUGGUACUGGACCUUUUAUAUUACUCUUCAAUGAACUAUGAUAUUUGCAAGUUUUACCUGGCACGGUGGGGAAUCCAGGGAAAGUGGAUGACGCAGGGACAGAGUCGAUGGAUUAACCCUCCUCAGGAUCCAAGCCAGACACAGCCUCAGCCAGAGACACAGCCUCAAACUCAGCCACAGCCUCAACCGUCCCAGACAGUACAUACUUUAAAAGGAGAUGCUUUAAGCCCACCCCUGAUGUCUUUUCAGAGUACAUCUGCCUGAAAACUACAUUGAUGUGCCUCGAGAUGGGAGAGCUAAGAUCAGACUUCAAGGAGCAGCUUUCAAGAAAAUCAACUAAGCGACAAGAGAUGGAAACCAAUGGUAGAUAAGCAGGAGAGAAAAAGACUACAAGAGGGAGAUUAAGCAAGUCACCUGAAGAGAAACACCAUUCAGACAACUUCUACAGGCAAAUGGUGUAGAAAGUCUCUGGAAGAAAGCAGUCUGCAAGCAAUAUUUUAACUCUAGACUGAGGAUAUUAUCAUAUUUAAGGAAAUGCUCAAUAGGAAAAAAAAAUCAAGUUGUUCUGGCAAACCUAUACACAAAGGUGGAAAAAGAUCACAGACAAACCUUUGGUAGAUAAAUUUUCUUUGCCUUCCCAUCCAUCUAUUGCCAUUUGAGCCUAAUCUAAGUGUCAGAAUACUGAAUGUAAGUUUUUCCAAAGUUCUCUGGUCAAUGCUGUAUCAGGCUAGGGUAGAUGCUGGCAGUCCUCACCUCUGUUAAACAUAUUGUCAUAUUACUGAGUAAAUGAAGCCCUUUCAUUAAGUCAGGCUGCAGGGUUGUGAUGACGUCAGCCCUAAUGCAUAUUUGAACAUUAACUGGCAACAAUUCUGCCAAAACAUCAAACAUCUGGGCACAUCUCAGCUUCAGCCUCACAUUCUCCUGAAGAGGGUAGCAGCUUGCAACACAGACACCCCAUCCCACCCUUAUACACCCUGAAGCUGAAAGAGAUACAGGAAAAAAAAUACACCCAACUAUGUAUUUUAAAAGCAAUAAUACCACUCUCCCUCUGCAUUUAUGAGGCAAUAAUCCAACUUCCUCAGCUUAUCCCUCACAAAUAAAAGAACCCAUUUGUAAACCAGAAGGAGAAAGUGUGUGGAGUACUUGGUUGCUAGAUUGCAAUAGCUUGACUUAGCUUUCCACAGGCUAAGUUUAUUUUACAAUCAUAAGGUAUCAAUGACAUGAGCAAAUCUCAAUUAUUUAAGAUCUGUACAUGGAGAACUUGGCAAUGACAACCAUACAGAGGAGUUAAUCUAGAAAUUGUGACACUAAGGCAUGAGAUGCCAAAUUACUCCUUCACACUUAAUAUUUCACCCUGCAAACCUGAGUAACUCCAGGACAUCACAUAUUUUACUGCAUAACCAACAUGUGUGGAGCACCUCAUCAGUGAGCAGUCAAAUUUUCCUUUUCUGGCUUGUCAAUUUGAGUGGAUUUUAAUCUGCUGAACACAGGAUAGGCUACUUAGUGAUUCGAACUAUCUCUUGGCUACCAGAGUGCAUGACAGUACAUGAGUAUAGCCACAGAGAAAUAAAUAGUGCUGAGGGACCCAACAAGGCUGGAGACCAGAGGAAUGGGCAGUUCAAGGGUCUGAGUAGGCCACCAACACACACAUAUGCCUCUUUUUUUUGCAAGCCAUCUAAUAAAAAAAUGCAGAGUAUCACCAGGACAGGCAAGAGCUGGUAAGACAGAUUUCAAGUGCCACCCUGCAGGCAUUAGACUCCAUCCUGUCCUAGGUAUGCCUGACCCCUUCUCACUGAAGCUACUGCUUCCACACCACAUCAUGCAGCACAGCUUGUAGAGCCGUAGCACAGCUGCCACAGUGCAACUAGGAUGUUCUACCUUGUGAGAAGCUUUGAGUAAGAUGGAGUCAGUGUUUCCAAAACCUUGAUUCACAAUAAACCUGAGAGAUUCUAGUUUUCCAAAGAGUAUUUGAUCAGAGCAUUGUAGAACCACUCGAAGCACUUCACCAGGGAACAAAAAGGACCUUCAAAGAUAAGCUGCAAGUAGCUUGCAGAUACAGGCAAACCGUGCAGACUGCUCUCUCCUUGAUGAUGAGAGCUUCGGCAGGGAAAGGCUCAGCACUCCUGGCAGUGGGAGAGCUGAUCCUCUGAGAUGUAAGGUGGUGCUCUAGAGCCAACUUGCAAGCAAAGCAGUGGAAACCAAGUAGCUGGAAGCAGUGCCAUGCAUAGCUCUGUUAAUAUCAUAUCUCCACACUCCCACAUUGGCUCCCAAGCUCCGCUACUCCUGCAGACACCCAAAGCAGCACACAUCCCCAGUAAGCAGUCUUACCUUGGCGCUUGGCCGUAACCGUUUGCUUCUUUUACCUUCUACCCACUUCUACUUUCAUUGUGAGAUGGUGACCACCACAGAGAGCUUUGUAAAAAGCUUAUGUUCAUGGAGGAAUUUGUACUAGAGAAUGGUUUGUGUGACUUACUGUAUUUUGUAAGGGUUUUUUUUCCCUUUUGGGAAUUGUGCGUUAUUAAUGAGCAGUUUUAUGCUUUACUUCUGGUACCUGUAUACUUGUAAUUGCUGUGCUUUUGGUUCGCUUCUUCCCUUCUCAUUCUCUCUACCAAGCCAGUAAAGAAGAUACUCUCUGGCAGAAAUUCUGAUUUUGCCUACUAAUUAAUUUAUGGGUAAUUCCACGUAAGUAGAUGAACAAUUGUUCAUCAGCUGUGCUGUUGCAAUCAUCUGAUAGCUUCUCUAGUUUAGCAGAACGUAAGAUCCUGAAUAAGCUUACUGGGCCUUAAACUAAAGGGGAAUAGUGCACCACACGUGUUUCACUCUCACCAUCACUGUUGGACCUUCUGCCCUAGUGUUAGGGACAUUGUAGAAUAGCACUGUCUAGGCAGUCACCUGAACAUCUCAACCAUCUGUGUAGCUCUGACAUUCCUCUGCAUUUAACCUGAUCAAAUUAUGGUGAACCAGAUAAACUGCAAUCAAUUCUUCAAUUAUUGCUGCAGAGAGGCUGGUUCAAACACAAGCAGUCUCUAAAAGAAAAGACAAGACUUAGAAUAAAGCAGGUGCACUUUCCUCUGUGUCCAUCCUGAUAUGAUUGGAAAAAUAAAGAAUCUAAAAUUACCAUUUACAGAAGUGUGCAAUCCAUUAUACACCCUCUUUAACAAUGGCAGCUGUCUAUCUUAGUGACUAAUAAUGACCUUCACACUCUUUCCUCGUCCAACUCAUUUUCUCUCUUUGGUUUUGCUCGAGAGCUGAGUGUCCAACUCCUUACUAAUUGCUAAGUUUAAGGUAGAAAAUAAAAUGCAGCUAUAAAGCUUGUGCAGGACUUAGUGUUAUAAUUAACCAUCUUUUGUGCCUAGUUAUGGAUCUUACAAAAACAGAAUGAAAACAAUCUGGCCUCUUAACAUAUACUUCAGCAUACUGUAGCAGCUAUUUUAGAUAACUGUUUUUAAUAGUUUUACUAUGGCUGUAAUUUCUACUUGAGGACUGUCCACUUGAAGCAAUGAAGUAACAUGUCAAAGUGAAUUUUAAAGUCAGUUCUAUUUUUGCUGCCAGUGACAGUGAAAAGUCAUGCAAAGGAGAAAACCUCACUCACCAGGAAGAAGCAUCUUUUCUCAGCCUCAAAAAGUCUCUUGUACAGGACAAGGCAUUUCUUCUAGUCCUCCUUUUGCAUAAAUAGUAAAUCACUAAGAUGAUAAUAUAUACAGUAAAAUAGUCUGUUUUAAUAGCAGAAACAUUUUAGGCUAUUUAAGAAACUAGAAGUUCUGGGGUUGCAGUGGUUUCUCACUCUUUAAUACAUUGACAAUAAUACUGUUUACACAACACUUGGUGUUUGAAAUCAGUAGGUGCCAGUGUCCAGUGAUUUGCUAAUCUAGGUUUUGAUCUAAUCCUGUCCUAUUUUUUGCAGCAUCCUCCAACUUCAUAUUAUGAAUCAUGUUGUCUUUCUGAAGUGAUUGCCAAGCAAACCAAAAACGUGUUUUACACUGCUAUUGCACUGCUCAUCUUUAUAUACAGUAGUUUUUAUAAAGAUGUCCUUAGGUUUUAAUAACCGAGUGUAACGUAACAUGAUCUCUGUAAUAAAACUUGCUUUAGUGUUUCAAA